CACAAGACAGGACCCUGACUAGAGCUACGGUUCUGUAGACCUCCCAGAACCACCUCAAGGACUGGCGCUCAAGCCCAUCUCAUACACAGGCUGCCCUGUUGUCUCCAAACUCAGGACCCUGAGGACCAUGAAGACCCCUCUCUGGGCCCUGUUGCUGUGUCUGUGUGUCCCGGGCCAAUGUAGUGACUGCCAGGGGGACUGCCUGACUUGCCUCCACAUCCUGCCCCAGGAGGUCAACUUCAACACCCUGGUCUGUCUGGUGGAGUGUGAGGGUAACCUCUCCCCUGCCUACACCUGGGACCUCUGCCACAAGGCCUCAUUGCCACCACAGUUGCCCUCCCUGUCCUUUGAAGGCACCUCCCUGCUGAAACGGGCCCAAGAGGAGGUGGAGGCAAUAGAGGAAGCGGGGUACCCAGCAACCUUGCCAAGGUUUGACCAUGUUGCCCGUGGUCUGGGCUUAGACGAGCUGGGCCGUGAAAGGUGGAUCUCCGCAGGAACUGCCGCUGAUGCCUACAACUCCCAGCAGCCUCUGGAAAUGGAGGAGAGGAAUGAGGAAGUAGGGGACAAGGAAAAGAGGGAUACAGAGACAGAGCUAGACAGAGCUGCGGGGAGAAGUCUGUCAAAGCGCUUCGGGGGGUUCCUGAAGGGAAGACACGGCUACAGGAAGUUGAUGGGACCCGGAAAGUCCUUGCAGAAGCGAUACGGUGGGUUCAUUGGUAUUCGUAAAUCUGCCCGCAAGUGGAACAACCAGAAACGGUUCAGUGAGUUCCUGAAGCAGUACUUAGGCAUGAGCACCAGAGCCAGCGAAUCUUACAACAGUGUCUCCGCUGACAUCACCCAACAGAACGAGGUGUAGCCGCAACCAUGGUAACCGUGUCCACGGCAAUGAAACACCUGCUGUAACAUAGCAAUCACUGACCCCGCCCCACAUAUUUAAGUGUUCCCACAAGGAGGAUCAAACUUCUGUUCUGACCACGUUCACUCACUCUGGAGCACCGUAACUUCAGUGUUGUAUAUUUCCUCAUUAAUAAUAACAACAACAUAUGAAUAAAGUCUAAGAAAAACAAAGACACUGUAUAUAGCUGAUAAAUUGUUUACCUGUGAAUCCCACUGGAUUGUUGUUGUGCACACUAGAAGCCUAUGGAUUUGUUUUGCUUUUCUACAUGUUGUCUGUGGUGACAUCAUCAUGGGUGUUAGUAUAAUGCGUUAACUGGGAAUGCUGUGAUGCUACAAUACAAGUGGAAUGUCACUAGACUUUCUAAACUGGUACAGUGCCAAAAAACACAUGUCGCCCUUUAACACACUACCCUCUAGUGGCUAAAUAAACUUCUGUGCCCCCAUUGAGGAAAAUAACCCCCAAAUUAGCUUUGUCUUCCUAAACUCAAAGGAAAAGGGAUUUAAGGUAUUUUUAAGACAAAAUGGUGCAGAAUCCAUGAUGGUGGACUUUAUGUGCCCUAGAGACAAAUUCUUUAGCUUUUUCAAAUUGUCCAGCAUAUCGCAUGUUAUAUCGCCACCAUGUGGCCAUUUGGUGAGGCAUUGCAUGGGGACGGCAUAGACCAAUGAAAUUUAGAAUUCUGUCUAUUUUCACUUUUCUACCCGUUACCUUUUCACCAGAAUUUGCACAUUCCCUUCAGAAGGAAACAGGAAGAUAAUAACACCGAAUAAA